AUGGGCAAUACAUGCACACGCAACAGUGAGUCGCAAGUUGUAUUAACCGAACAUGGUGUGAUCCUUCAAAAUCGACGUACCGUCCGUGAACGAGAACGAGAACGAGGACGAUGGUCUGCUCCAAAUGUCGAGAGUAGUGUUGACCUUGAUACGUUACUCGAGGCACCAUCUCCUUCAAAAAAAGAAGCAGCACGUCGUCGUCGUAAAAAACGUCAGUCUUUAUCCGAGCGUUUUCAUCGCCAUACACCCCAUGGUCAUGGUCGACCAGCCCAUGGUCAUGGUCGACCACCUCGUGCUCCCUCCUUUUCUGAUUCAAAUGCUCUUGCUCGAUCACGUGUCCAUCGUAGUCACACAGAAGCUGCUCGACGUCGAGCUGAGGACGAUAUGAUGCCCAUUUAUCACUCCUAUGAAGAUCCGGGAUAUUUGGCGGGCGAUCCAAUUGAGUUACAGCCAUUUGAUACUGACUGUAUCCUGGGCAGUCCAAUUAAUUCGCCAUCUGUUAUUCACGCCCGUUGGGGAGAACCAGUGGAUGAUCCCGAUGAAGAAAAUUUGUGUACGGAUUUCGCCCCCAAUCCCUUUAAAUUAGGGUUUUGUAUCAAUUGUAUGAAACAACACGAUGUUCGAGACGAUGGAGAAGUGUCGACUCGAAAAGAAUACAAACGAAUUGCUCGUCCGACAAUUUCCAAGACAGCAGCCAAUGCUUUGGAUUUACCAAGUGCAAUUCCUAUUCCAAGAAGUUCAAUUACAAUGAUGCCGGAUGGUGGUCGUGAAAGUGAUAUUGAUUUGGCUCAAUUAUUGGCUCAGAGGAGAGAUGUCCUGAUGCGAUUGGAUAAGUUGAACCGACAAGAAAAGACAAAACUCAAGAAGAAUCAGAGUACAGGAAGGACGAUGGGACGUAGAACAGAUCGUCAUACGACCAUUAAUUUUGGAGACAAUCCACGGAAUAACUUACGUCGAAUGAGUACACGACCACCUGGAUCGGGUCCGAUUGUUAGUCGCGGCUCGACUUAUGCACCUCAGGCCCCCUCUGGAUUUGUGGCGUCUAAAAGUGUGAGCGCAGCCUCUCGUCUGUAUGACGACGAAGAGCCCGCGCCGAACGUGUGGCUAUAG